AUCGCCCGCCUGACCCUUCCUCCUCCCUUGAGAAGUAUCCAGAAGUUCUCCAUCCUCGUUUAAUUCCUCUCCGCCUCCACCAUCGCUAGUGUGGACCAGUUACUAGACGACGCUAUCUCACAUCAGCAAUGGCGAAAUUGGGCGAAGGCGACAAGCGGUGGAUCGUGGAAGACCGCCCCGAUGGCGCUAACGUCCACAAUUGGCACUGGGCCGAGACCGAUUGCCUCGAGUGGUCUCGAAAUUUCCUGACUAACAUCCUCUGCGACAAGCCCAUUCUCUCCGGCGAGGGCAACCUCCACAUCACCACCAAGAAGAUCGAGAAGCUCGAAGGCGAGGCCUACGUCAACGUCCGCAAGGGGAAGAUAAUACCCGGCUACGAGCUCAACCUCGUCCUCUCCUACGAGGCUGUGGCCAAGGAUUCCGACGGGAGCUCAGUGGUUCUGUCCACCAAGGGCUCCGUUGAGGUGCCCUAUAUUUCCGACGAGAACGCCGGCGAGGAUCCCGAGAUCCGAAUCACUAUCAAAGACGACGGCCCGAUCGGUAAGAGGUUGAAGGAGGCGUUUAUCUCCAAGGGGAAGCCCUUUGUCUUUGAAAAAAUCAGGGAGUAUGUCGAGGCAAUGGCGAGAGGCGGGCCGGCCAAGGAGGAUUUGGAUGUUAAGAAGGUCGCCAAAACAAAGAAACCGGCGCCUGGAUCUGGUGCUGUGGCUAACAACGCGGCCAAUACCUCUGGUUCUGGUGCGAAGGAGGUCAGGAGGGUGGAUAAGAAGAAAAAGGAGGGGUUUAAGACAAUAACUAUGAACGAGAAGUUCAGUUGUCGUGCGAGGGAUUUGUUUGAAAUUUUAAUGGAUGAAAAUAGGUGGAAAGGGUUUACACAGAGCAAUGCAAGGAUCAGUAAGGAGGUUGGAGGAGAAUUUAGUAUUUUCGAUGGGUCUGUGACGGGAAAGAAUCUGGAGUUGCUGGAAGGGAAGUUGAUUGUUCAACAAUGGAGAUUUGGUAGCUGGCCAGAUGGCAUUAUUUCCACGGUGCGCCUUACUUUCGAUGAGCCUGAAUCCGGUGUUACUGUUGUCAGGCUCACACACACUGAUGUUCCUGAGGAAGACAGGUAUGGUAAUGCGACUGUAGUUGAGAAUACCGAGCGGGGAUGGAGGGAUCUUAUAUUCCACAAGAUACGAGCAGUUUUUGGCUUUGGGAUAUGACGAGUUUUGGAUAUGAGAAUACUAUGUGAUUUUGCAUUUUCCUAUUUAUUAGUUUAUGAUUUUGGUCACCAAACCCAAGUCUUAUGCUAUAGAGUAACUUGUCAUAAGACCGUUUUUAUGACGUCUGGUUGAAAGUGAAUUAGUGCUUGCAAAUUGCAAAUUUUCCAUUGCUUGUUACCUAAUUGCUAUAUUGCUUUAGUUUCUUUACAAAUAUUAGGUUUGCUGUUGCAAACUUGCAAUUUAACUUGUGCACGAAUUGACGUGUGAUGCUAAAGUGUCUCGU